CCGCUCCCGGUUCCGGCCGCCCGAGGAUGGAGGCGCGCGUGGCGCAGUCCGCGGCGAGGCUGGCGCGGCAGGUGAGGGGAAGAUUUCUAGUACUCAGCUGAGCAGAGUCCUUGGAGAUGUCAGCAUGCCCUCAUGUAAUUCCCACAGCUCCUCAUGAGGUGGUCAUCAGGAAAACGAGAUCAAGUUGUUAACUGCAGAAAUUGAGCGUCUGAAGAACUUUGGGUGCUUGGGAGUCUCCCCGAGUUUGGAAGGGCUGCGAGACGAAAACGCAAAACUCAAGUAUCGGUUAAACUUCCUUAAGAAGAGCCUUCAAGAGGAAAGAAGCAAAUCAACCAAAAGCAUGAUUAAUAUCAACAGCUGUCUCCAGGAGAUCUUUGGAGCUGCCAUUCAGGCUGCCUACCCAGACUUAGAAAACCCUCCUCUGGUGGUGACACCAAGUCAGCAGCCCAAAUUUGGGGACUACCAGUGUAACAGUGCCAUGGGCAUAUCACAGAUACUGCUCAAAACCAGGGAACAGAAGGUUAGCCCACGAGAAAUCGCGGAGAAAAUAGUAAAAAGUAUUCCUGCCAAUGAGUGCAUUGAGAAGGUCGAAAUUGCUGGUCCUGGUUUUAUCAAUGUCCACUUGAGAAAGGAUUUCGUAUCGAAGCAGCUGAGCAGUUUAUUGAUCAAUGGAGUUCAACCACCAGCUAUUGGCAAAAGGAAAAAGGUGGUGGUGGAUUUUUCCUCCCCCAACAUUGCAAAGGAGAUGCACGUUGGGCACCUGCGCUCUACCAUCAUCGGGGAGAGCAUGUGCCGGCUCUUCGAGUUCGUGGGCUAUGAUGUUCUGAGGUUGAACCAUUUAGGAGAUUGGGGCACCCAGUUUGGAAUGCUCAUUGCUCACCUCCAGGACAAAUUUCCAGAUUACUUAAGUGUUUCUCCUCCCAUUGGGGAUCUCCAAGCUUUUUACAAGGAAUCCAAGCAGAGGUUUGACACAGAGGAGGAAUUUAAGAAGAGAGCUUACCAAUGUGUGGUGCUGCUGCAGAGCAAAAACCCCGAUUUCAUUAAAGCCUGGAAUCUCAUCUGUGACGUGUCACGCAGAGAAUUCCAGAAAAUCUACAACUGUUUGGACAUCACACUCAUAGAGAGAGGGGAGUCCUUCUACCAUGAGAUGAUGAAAGACAUUGUGAAAGAAUUUGAAGAUAAAGGAUUUGUGCAGGUUGAUGAUGGCCGGAAGGUCGUGUUCGUCCCGGGUUUCCCUGUCCCACUGACCAUCAUGAAAUCAGACGGAGGUUUCACGUAUGACACGUCAGACCUGGCUGCUCUGAAGCACAGGCUGUGUGAAGAGAAGGGUGACAUCCUUAUCUACGUUGUUGACAGUGGCCAGUCUGUGCAUCUCCAAACAGUAUUUGCAGCUGGACAGAUGAUUGGCUGGUAUGAUCCCAAAGUCACCAGAGUGGCCCAUGCUGCCUUUGGAGUGGUGCUGGGAGAAGACAAGUGGUCAUUUUGGCUGUGUGUUUUCAGGAAGAAGUUCAAAACUCGUUCAGGGGACACGGUGCGUCUCAUAGACCUGCUGGAGGAAGGACUGAAACGAGCCAUGGACAAGCUGAAAGACAAGGAACGGGACAAGGUCCUGACACCAGAAGAGCUGAAAGCUGCCCAGACGUCGGUGGCUUUUGGAUGCAUUAAAUAUGCAGAUCUGUCCCACAACAGACUCAAUGAUUACGUGUUCUCCUUUGACAAGAUGCUGGAUGACCGAGGGAACACAGCUGCCUAUCUGCUCUAUGCCUUCACACGGAUCAGGGCAAUUGCUCGCCUGGCCAACAUCGAUGAGCAGAUGCUGCAGAAGGCAGCCAGGGAGGAGGUGCUUGUCCUUGACCAUGAGAAGGAGUGGAAAUUGGGCAAGUGCAUCCUGAGGUUUCCUGAGAUACUGCAGAAGAUCCUGGAGGACUUGUUAUUGCACACACUCUGUGACUACCUGUAUGAGCUGGCCACCACCUUCACUGAGUUCUACGACAGCUGCUACUGCGUUGAGAAGGACAGGCAGACUGGCCAAAUUGUGAAAGUGAACAUGUGGAGGCUGCUGCUGUGCGAAGCCACUGCCACCGUCAUGGCCAAAGGAUUCGACAUCCUGGGGAUUAAGCCUGUGCAGAGGAUGUAGCAGUUCCCUGUGGAAUGACAAUAAAGGGACUAAACAAUUGGA